AGCUCCAAGGAAUCCCCCUCCCACAGCCCGUGCUGCACCCCACGAGUGUUGUGACCCCAUGCCACAGAGUAGCAUCACCCAGCCAGGGUGGUCUGGGGGCUCCCACCUCUCCCUUGGGCUCCUCUGCCCUCCCCUUGCCACACACUGUCUCCCUCUGCCCCCUCCACUUGUUGCUCUUGGCUGGGUUUUAGCCUGUCUAAAUUUAGGCGGAUCUAUUUCAACACCCAUCCUCUGCCCUGCGGGGGGAAGAGGACGGAGCAAAGGUAGCCAGGGGAGGAAGAGCAGGGACCGCGAUGCCCCGCUUGGGGUCUGCUCCCCGCGUCCCCGGCCGGGCUUUCUGCCCCAGCGCCCUGGAUUUUAUCCGGCUGCGAGGCCAUGAAGGCGCCCAGGGCUGAGGUUGGCGUUUCCCCGGCUGUCACCCUGCGGAUCUCUCUGCCUGUCACUUGGGGUAGAGCUGGGUGACAAGGACAAGCUGGGCCGUGUGUCCACCAGGGAAGGAGCUCCCCGUCCCAGGAGCCAGCCCAUCUCCAAGCAGGCCGAUGCAGGGGACCUGCUAAAUGAAGCCGAGACAAGCCAGCGGGUGAGCAACCCCCCAGGCUCUGCAUGGAUUGGAAUGGGGAAACCUGCCUGCAGUAAGAGCCCGCGGCAGCUGGAAAACCCCAGCUUCUUCCUUCGCACUCUCCUCCUCCUCCUCUUCUGCGGGCAUGUUUCUUCCCAGUGCAAGAUCCUGCGCUGCAACUCCGAGUACGUGGCCGCCACCCUCAACCUGCGCGGCGCCAACAGGAACGCGGCGUACUGCAACGCCCUCCGCUCCUACUCCCACUGCACCCGCAAGACGGCUCGCACGUGCCGGGGCGACCUGGCCUACCACUCCGCCGUCCACGGCAUCGAGGACCUCAUGAUCCAGAACAACUGCUCCAAGGAAGGUCCCACAUCGCCGCCCCGACCCCGGCCCCCGGCCCCCAACCAUCAGGGCUUCGAGUCUCUCGAUAUCUGCAACUACGAGAAGAGUUUUCUCUACAAGCACGGCCAGCCCCCCAGCUACCAGCACUGCGCCGCUUUCGGGGACCCCCACAUCCGCACUUUCCAUGAUGACUUCCACACUUGCCGAGUGGAGGGCUCCUGGCCUCUCUUGGACAAUGACUACCUGUUUGUGCAAGCAACCAGCUCUCCGGUGGUGAAGGGGUCCAACGCUACGGUCACCAGCAAGCUCACCAUCAUCUUCAAGAACAUGAAGGAAUGCAUCGACCAGAAGGUCUACCAGGCCGAGAUCGACAACCUGCCGGCAGCCUUUGAGGACGGCUCGGUGAACGGGGGCGAGAGGCCGGGCGGGAGCAGCUUGGCUAUCCGGGAGCGCAGCCCCGGGCGGCACGUGGAGAUCCGCGCGGAGUACAUUGGCACCACCAUCGCCGUCCGUCAGGCCGGCCGCCAGCUCUCCUUCUCCAUCCGGGCAGCCGAGGAGGUGACGCGCGCCUUCACGGAGGAGCAAGACCUGCAGCUCUGCGUGGGCGGCUGCCCCCGCAGCCAGCGCAUCUCCCGCAGCGAGUGCUGCCGCGGCCGCGCGGCGGCCGAGACGGCUCGGGCGCUCUGCAAGGAGAUGCUGCCCGUGGAGGACGUCUACUUCCAGUCGUGCGUCUUCGACGUGGUGACCUCGGGGGACGCCAACUUCACCAUGGCGGCGCACGGAGCCCUGGAGGAUGCCAAGGUCUUCCUUCCCAACACUGAGAAACUGCACAUCUUCCAGGCCGGGGCAGGCUGCCCGCACACCUCUUCUUCCUUCCUCCUCCUCCUCACCUCCAGUCUUCAGGCUGUUUUGUUGCACUUUUAACUCUUGCUGGUGUUGCCUGCGGCACAGGGGACGCAUCCAGCUGGCCCACGGGGGUGACCCGCCAGAGGUCCUGGCUCCAGACCCACGGGGCUGCCUUAGCUGGGAUCGCGUCUCCCUGUGGCAGCGGGGAGUCAGAGACCCACAGCUCUGGAGAGGCAAGGCGGCGGGACGCUGGUUUGCACCCACUGCUCGUGCACGCACGGCACCGGCUGAACCUGGCUCCUCUCCCAAAGGCAGAUCUCUAUUUUUUGUCGUAUUCUGAUGCAUUUCUUUUUUCCUGAAGAUGAGGGCACUGCGGCCCUAUCACAGAAAAAGAAAUCCAUGGGGUGAAGACACGUUUAGAAAACCUCUCUGCCCCUCAAAGCCUUUCCAUAAACUUGCUUUAUACCCUUCCCCCCAGCGUUACUAGAGCAGACUUUUACUCAGGAACCCUACAGAUUCAGAAAUAACGGGCUCAAAGCCCAGGUCCCAGUUUUUAGCCGUCAAAAAAUCUCCUUUGGUGGAUUUGGGGCCCUUUGAGCCAGCUGCUACCAAAGUCGCACGAGAGCGAAGCAAGGCGGCGAGUUGGUUAUCGGAGCGUUGUGACCAAGGUUUGAGAUUUUUGAGCUAGAAAUCAGCCGCGUCAGACCGUACUCUCCUCUCUCGGGAUCAGUAACGGGCUGAUUUCCAGCAUCGGGAGCUGCAGAGCGUCAGGUCUCUGACAUCUCAGGCUACCGCUGCUAUUUGUCCUGUUGGCACCUGUCUAGGACUCAGUACAGCCGGUUCUGGACUUUGGACCAGCGUUAAGUCUCAGUGAGGAAAAACACCCUGUGGUGCUCCUCCCCCUCGGGCCCAGCUUUCUCUGUCACUGUCACAACCCCGUUCAAGUCAAAGCCAGACCGUGGGUUUGACUUGGAAAAGAGAAUUAGUUACGAAGACGGCGAAAAGCCGUACGACUCCAUCGAUGGGCAGGGCAACUACUAGCAGAUGUACAUAGCUAUAGAGGUAAGGCCAAAUUAGAGGUUUAAUAUAUUCGAGAGGUUUUAACUAAAGCAGAUAGAGUAUAUGAUAAGAAAUAUUUUCCAUAUGCAAAGACUUUUUUUUUUAAUAAAGAGGGCUCACAUUAAAAACUUUGCCGUUCCUGUCCCGUGGGGCCGUAGGAAGAGCCUUGCCAAGCCCUGGCCUAGCGGAGGCAAAGCACCGAGCCGGUGGAUGCGGGCAGGAGCAUGGGCUCGGGGAAAGAGAACCGCAGAUCACCCCGGUACGGAGCGUCUGCCGAGCUGCAAAGGGAGGUUCUACAACUCAUGUUUCAGUGUAUCUGCAGGUUCUUUGGUCAGCUCGUGGGGUUUUCUUGCCCUGGUUCUUCUGCUGAGGGAAACGGAAACGUUUUGUAGAGAUCUCAGCAUAUUUCCUCCUCCGACGUGCACUCGAGGCACAUGGUGACUAGCAUGAGAGUUUCUCUGUUUCUCGUACGGGGCUCUCACUAAUCCCCGAAGGUUUUGACAUUAAAGGUGUCUAUUUUUGAAGUCCUCA